AUGUGUCAUGUACGGAGGUACGGACUUGAUAUUAGAUUAGAAAACCUUACUAGUAGUCAUAGAUCAAAGAGACGGUGUGUGAGAGGCGAUGAGAGUACUUCAAUUUCCUCAGAGAGUUCAAAUGGUCUGAGAAAAUACGCAGGAACACCCGAUCGGUUAGGUAGAAGUUUGCAAAGUGAGACGAAUCACGUUGAUUGUAUUGAUGGCAGUAAACUGUACAGCUUGCCUCGUUACAACGUCCACGAGAACAGGGCAUAUGGAUACUUCGAAUCUGAUCACAAGUACGUAGGUAACCCGGUGAUUCAUAAAACGCUCUUGUCUGUUGUACACAGACUAAUCCAUGUAAGCUCUAUCAACCACACAGAAAUGCAGAUUAUUACCUUAGCUUUGUAUAUUGUACCUGGAUGUUUGGGAAUCGUUGAAUUUUAUCCUUUUGGAUUAUAUGCUGGAGACAGCACAGUCAGUAAAAACGAUGACGGUAGUUCCACAGAAAUCCACAUCUCAACUCGGUUCCCAUUCUUUAACCAUCAGCACGACCACUUGAUUGUCAACACAAAUGGAGUGAUCUCUUUCCUAAGAACUGUUUCCACAUAUACCCCGAAUCCAUUCCCACUAGAUGGUGACAGAAGACUGGUUGCAAUUUUCUGGGCUGAUGUCGACACACGAGAAGGAGGAACUGUGUGGUAUCGAGAGUCAACCAACCAAACAAUACUGAACAGAGCAACAAACGAAGUCAGGAAAUAUUUCCCACAGUUCUUCCGUUUUCAAGCCACUUGGGUCUUCAUUGCUACCUGGGAUAAUGUUGCAUUCUAUGGAUGUUCUCCCUGCUGGAAGAGAAAUACAUUUCAAGAGAUCCUAAUUACCAAUGGUCAGCACUCUUUCACUAUUUUUAAUUACGAACAAAUUCAAUGGACAACGGGAACGGCUAGCAAUGGAGAUGCGAAUACUGGCCUUGGAGGAAUACCUGCUCAGGUUGGAUUUAAUGCGGGGGAUGGUAAAGUCUUUUAUGUCGUAAAUGCUUCUAGAACCGCAGACAUCAUCAACGUUAAUCACAUGUCAAAUAUCGGAGUUCCGGGAAAAUUCGCCUUUCGUAUUGAUGCUGCAGAGAUUGGAAACGGUGGCUGUAACACACAAGGAAGACUAAUGAUUUCACCACGUCAUGGCCCUAUGCUUGGAGGACAAUAUCUAGUGAUAAGUGGUCCGUGUCUGAACCCUGAUGACGUCAUUCAGAUAAAGUACUCUCAGAUGCUGGAGUUAUUUCUUUGCCAACGAAAAUCAAAUUACAGUGCGAUCUGUAUCACUCCAACAUUUAACUUGACCGGUGACAUCACAGUCAGCGUCAUUAUUAGAGACAACAAAGGAGAUACACAACGUCAUACAGGAAUCUACACGAUAGUAAAUCCAGCUGUGUUUAAGAAUCCUGUAAAAAGACACCUACCUCAAAACUGGAUCAAUGGAAACCGGUACAUAAUUUCCUGGGAACCUCAGGCUUUUGAAUUAAGGGAUUCAGAACGAGUUCACAUACAUUUAUUUACGAUGAAGGAACAGUCUUACAAUCAGCUUGUGUGGGAGAAAUCCAUGUUGCAUGAUAACAUAGUGAGAACUCUUGGAACAUACACCAUUCGACUUCAGACAGAUGGAUAUAUGGCAGCAAUCCGUGUCACUUCCGCCAUAGAAACAGAUACUAACUUAUUAGAAAGAGGUAUUUGGUCAGAGAUCUUUGCAGUCGUUCCACAACACCAAAAAUCAAGGCGGUUCUGUCAAGACUGGGUGAGACAAGAGUAUCACCUUUCUAGAGUAUCUUCACAAAACAUUCCACCCUGUCCUUGCACACUACAGCAGGCUCUGAUGGACACGGCACGGUAUCAGCCCGAUCCCGACUGUAAUAUGGUAACAAAGAUCAGGGAUGAGAACUUCAAUUGUCUGAACAGAGCAGAUGCCCAGCACUGUGUUAGACUCAGUAUGCCUGGACCAUUAGACAAUGACAACGUUUGUUGCUACGACUUCAGUGGCAAUCUUAUUGACACCCGUGUAAAGGAAGGUGGUACUCUACAACGAUACCAUUAUUUAGGAGGAGGGAGAAACAUCCCCUAUAUUACUAACUUCUACUACGAUGUGCUCCCCUUUCUACACUGCUGUAGAUACUAUGGCACCAGUUCAGAUGCUGGACAGGGUGGAAAAUAUCUUUACUCCGAAUGCCAGGAUUAUUUAAAUUUUAGAAAAGUUAGUUCCUGUUACAACUACAUACCACCACGCCCAGCUGGUGCAAAUGGUGAUCCCCACUUGAAGACGUUAGAUGGAUUUGGAUAUAACUUCAACGGACUUGGAGAGUUUCAUUUCAUUGUUUCCAGGAAUAUGUCAUUUGAGAGCCAAAUUAGAUUUGAACAGGCAAAGCGUAGUAAUGGUGCUGUCGUUGAUGCUAGCAUUUGUACAUCGUUUGUUGCUCAUGUGUCUAAUACAACAGAUAAAGUAGAAAUUAUUCUGAAUUCUAUCAGAGUGGCAGAUGUCCUCAUCAAUGGACAAAUACAGGACUUCAGUGACGUAUCAUGGUUACGUUACAAUGGUGUGUCAGUUCUUAAUUUGCAUAAGACCUCUAUAAACGCUACCAGUAGAGAAAUCCUCGUGAUGUUUGCUGACGCGGGAGUAUCCUUCAGGAUUUUGGCCAGCUAUAACGUACUUAACGUUAUACCAAUCAUCGCCAAUGAUUCUUUAAAAGGUACAAUAAGUGGACUUCUGGGAGACUUCGAUGGAAACCCAUCUAACGACCUACUCUUACCAAAUGGUUCAGUUUUAGAACCAAACGUAACAGAGGAAACAAUCUACAUGUCUUUUAAAAAUGCAUGGAGAAUAACAAGUGUGGAAUCCUUGUUCACCUAUCCCAACGGUAAAACAUACGAGGAUUAUAAUAACGAUGGCCUCAAAAACUUUUUUCCUGAAUUUUUGUCAUCUGUCGUUCGUUCUGCUACACCAAAUGCUAGAGCCCUUUGUGGCAACAACACAGACUGUUUGUUUGAUUUCCACGUAACUGGAUCCCUGGAAAUCGCUCAAGCUACUCUUGAUUUCACAGAGGAACUACAAGACGCAGAAGAUGCAUCUGUGCCAGUGAUCACGUGCCCGGUUCUUGAAUUUCCUGAGGGCGGGAUUUGGAUAUCCAACAGCACACAGGAGAAUGCUAUAGCCAGGUUCGCGUGUGGUAUGGGCUACUUACCUAUUGGGUACUGUCAGUCAAGAACGUGUAUAAACGGAGUAUGGACCCAUGAACAACAAUGUUUAUGUGAAAAAGUCACCACAACGACGCCACCAUCCACACAUCAAAUGACAAUGACAUCAACACCGUAUAGUAGAACAAAGGAGAAUGCUGCAAUGCUGCAGUCGGUGUAUGACACGGUUAGGGUAAUGUGGUACACUGUUGGUGGGGGAACUGUCGUUAUCAUCAUCAUCGUCUUCAUCACUUCCUUGUUAAUCUGCUUUAAAAUGAGAUCACAAGGACAAUAUAUGAGAAAUGAUAAGAGCACUUCAUCUUACUCUGAAAGCUCUAAUGGGUACAGAAAAACAGCUGGAAGACACCCAAGGUCACGUGGCAGUUACUACAAUCCUUCUGAAUUGAGUGAGCGAAGUUUGCCGCGUUACAAUGUUCAUGACAAUCGAGCGUUUGGAUACCUGGAAGCUGAUGACAGAUACACAGGUGUCCAGACACAAGAGCACCGACGUCACGAUGUACUGUACUAG